AUGUCUGUACUCCCGGAUGCCUUCGAGGUGUUUGAGGUGGGCGUGGCCAAUCCCUCAGUGAUCCGAAUCACACCCACAUCUUUUAUCGGUUCGGGCCUGAACUUGAGCCGACUUGUUGAAAGCGAGUCUGCUACUGUCACUCCAUUCACAACCGUCUGUAAGCAAUUGGAUUCAGAGCUUGGAACGGUGCCGUUCUCUUUGCCCUGUGUGUCGUUCUAUGCAAAGGUCAUAAACACAGGGGUGGAGUACACGGCUGCUAUCUUGGGUCUGACUGAUAAAUCAGGCGUUGCUAUUGGUAUUGACGAAAUUCCAGAAGACGAACUUCCCCUUGAUGAUGAUGCUAGGUUUAUAAGCAAAGAUUUCGAAAGAAUAUCACCUGGCGAGGAUAUCUCCAGUAAUGAGUUCCUGGCCUCAUCUUUGUCUCUCAGACCAGCACCUAUCACAGACCAGAAUGACGCCAAAUCUUUCCUGUUGGAAAGGUAUUUUUCUGCACUCUACAGAAGGUCGAUCCCGCUUCAAGUGUUUGCGAAGACAGCUAUACCGAGAAUACGAACGCUAUGCAACGACGAAAAGCCGGUUCUACAGGCCACUCUCUCCGCGUUGAUCAUCAAGAACAUAGCGGAAUUCGAUGUGCGACACCAGAUGUCAGGCUCCAAAAAUGGACUUUUAAGUGCAUCCUUUAUGACUCCUGAGGAGGAGGGUUACAGAAAAGACUUCAUCAACGGAGGUAUUGAUGUGGCCGACGACGAUGGUAAGACCGAAGAUGUGAAAGAGACUGAGCGGAGACUCGAAGAGAAGAAAGAUCCAGUCGAAAGGCUCCAUGAUUUACUUCUUGCACUCAAAGAACGUGAAGCCCGGCUGCAGGUGAUGUUAUUAAUUGAAUUACUUUCUGCCCUUCCAGAUUCGAAAUCUGGAUCUCCAUCUCCAUCACCCCAGCUGGAUGUUGAAGCAAAGAAACUUCCCAAGAAAAGAUUAGUCAGUCGCAAAAACAGGCUUAUUGUGUCCACUUUGGGUGGAAUAGUCAGACCCCAAGCAGCGUCAUUAUCGGAGGAGAAGCUCAACGUUGUUCAUGCGUGGACCAAUGAGUCCAUCAAAGCCAUGUUGUUUGCACUUCUGGACAGGCUGUGUGUUUGGGAUGCACUAGUUGGCCGAGGAUCGACACAUGAUGAAUCCGCAUUCAAGUUUAUGAUGAGUUGUGUUGUUCCAUAUGUGCGGAAGACUCACAACAAGUUAGUCAAAGACAUUCUUCUUCGUAUCAAAGGACCAUCUUUAAAUUCUGUUGAGAAGAAAGCGUCCAAGAAAAAGACCAGGAAACAAGUUGUUCCCGUGACUUUGGACUCUUCUUUCAAUGCUGGAGAUUUUGAAAGACCUGUGAUGCUGAAACGAACGACGUCAAACUUGACUUCCACGAAAGAGCUAGCCAAGAAAUCUUUUGACAUGACCAUCAAAACAUCUUUCACAUCGAAGGCACCCCCAUCUCUACAAAACGCAGCUCCUCUUCUGCCGUCAAAUCAGUCAACCAUAUUUAGCACUAAUGGGAACUCAAAAAAGCGGAAACUGGGUAUAUCGAAAAGUACCAGCUUCGCGCAGCCUGCUCCAACCAUGCCUUCGCUUACGCAGGUGAUGGCUACCCCUUCCAAACAGGACAGAGUCAAGAAUGUACUGCCUGAAAUGCAGGCCACACCGAUUUCAAAACGCGAUGUUAUCCAGAUUGAAGCAACUCCCGUAAGGAGCGGUGAUGAGCCUGCGUAUUCCUCGCCAUAUGGCCCAUUGAGGUCAAUUCUGUCAUCUCCAAUCACCAUGGCUAGUCGUGAAAGUAAUAUCAAUGAGAAAUCAAGUUCGACUCGGCGCAAACCUGGUGAACCUGUUCUUCCAUCAGAUUCUCCGUUUUAUGAACAUCAUGUACAGGACGAUGAUGAUGACGACAUAGAGAACUCUCCUAAAAGACUCAUGAAAAAGGAACUUCUCAACGGAUCUCCUGUUCGGUACAAGUCCAUGUAUCUACGAAAAAUUUAA